GCGAUGUGGGCAAUGGCCGCAGCAAUUGGGUGGAUUUUCAGUGGCCCUUCUCAGCCAUCCUUGAACAGGCCUUCUGUUUAGGCUGGCCAUCGGUGGACUUUCGACGAGGUGGCAAUGACUAUCGCGUGAUCUUGGGCCAAUGGCAUCGCCGCUUGCAGGAGGCCUGCAAUGGACAACCAUGCGAUGCAGAGCAGGUUAACCAGCAGACCAACGCGAAGCGCCCUGUGCGUCGCUGGCCCUCGGCGUGUGCGAAAGGGAACUGGGAGGCUGCGCAGCUGCAGAAGGCUCAGCAGAAUUGGGUCAAUUGGACCAACGCUGACUGGGCUUGGCUCCUGGACGUGGACGGACCUGACCCUCCCAGCGUGCCGACGCCACCGCGUCGGAGAUAUGCGCUGGAGUCCUGCUUCAAAGAUGCCUUCUGGCCACCACUUCUGCAGAGUUGGCCGAAUGAGAAACUCAUCUCCGCAGCACAUCCCAAAGGGGAGCGCUGCAACUUUGCAUUGAAACGCUUGUUGCCCACUCGCACGGAUGGGGAUGUUGCUGCAGGGCAGGAGUGGAGUGCUGUGAAGAACUUCUGGCAGCAGAGUGGCAAAGGGACUGAACUCUUAGCCGCCUUUCGAGUGCAGAACCGAGGACUUAUCGAAGCGUUUUGUGCCCAACAGAAGGUGAUGCAGGCGCGACUCUCCGAUGACUUCACCGAUGGCCAAAGACGCGACCUUGGAGUCCAGCUGCUGUGGCAUGGAACUCGUUCUGUUCAGGGCUUACUGGACAUUUGUCGCGAUGGCUUCGAUCGUGCCAGGGCGCAGACCUGUGUCUACGGCAAGGGCUGCUACUUUGCCACCUCGGCCAGCUAUUCGGAUCGCUACGCCUGCGAUGUGCACCUUCCCAGGUCCGCUGAUCAUUUACUGCAUCCACAGGUGCGUGCCGUCUUUCUGGCUGCAGUGCUGGUGGGUGAAUGCGUUGUGGGCAGCAACAACAUGUAUCCACCGCCCCAAAAACCGCACUCGGUGAGUGGGGAGCGAUACGAGAACACCUGUGACCGGCUGCCAAAGCCGACAAUCUUCGUGACCUACAAGGCAAUCCCAUCGCCCUUUCCAUCGUUCAAAAAGAAACUUGGACUCCCAAGGUGCCAUAGACAUUUGUAG